AUGGGCGAUGUCGCCGGCCUAAAGAAAAAUAUAGGGCAAGUGGCCGAGGUGGUGAACGUUGACAUCACACCUAGUCGGACGCACGACCACCCGUUUACCGAGGAAAUUAUGGCGCCACCAAUCCCUGAUAAAUACAGGUCACUCUCGAUCCCACCAUACGACGGUAGGGGGGAUCCCGAUGAUCACCUAGAAAUGUACACAGGGCACAUGCUCUUGCAUGGAUAUGCCGAUGAGAUCAUGUCCAACAAAAAUAAAGGGACUAAGCAAAGGUUGACGACAGGGAAGCAGGACGGAAAGAAGCGACGAGGCAGAGGAAGCGGAGACAAGCAAUCUGCUUUGGCGCCGACCACUCCAGAAGCUAAGAAACCGAGGCAAGAGGAGAACCGUAAGCCUCGACCGUUUCAAAGGUACGACUCCUACCAUGAAUUAACAGUAGGAGUCGAGGAAGUGUUUAAUCAGGUAGGUCGCGGGAACUUACUGCGCCGCCCUGAGCCAAUGAGGUCAGAUCCGAGCCAAAGGAACCAGAAGAAAUAUUGUAGUUUCCACGGCAACGUCGGCCACCACACUAAUGAUUGCACCAAUCUAAAAGAUGAAAUAGAAAGGGUAAUCCGAGAAGUAAGGCUACAGGAGUUCAAAGUCGAGCGAAGACCAAGAAACGAUGACCACGGCUGCCAAAAUGACGGUCGACGUCGAGAGGAGAACCAACGACCAGAGGACCGGGAACCCAUCGGCGUCAUACGAACCGUCCUCGGCGGUCCAUAUAUUGGAGGAGACUCGAUGAGAUCUCAGAAAGACUACGCCCACGAAGCCAAAAGGGUGUACCAAGAAAGGUUCUGGAAUGUCUCCGCCACAAAAGCAACAAGGUUCGGCAGUGCUGACGUAGCAUUUAAUGAGGACGAUGCUAACGGGGUUCACUUCCCACAUAACGACACUUUGGUAGUAGAAGCCGUAAUUAGAAAUCACACCGUAUGCCAAAUUCUGGUGGACAAUGGAAACUCAGUAGACCUCCUAUACUCCGACUGCCUAGAAAAGAUGGGGAUCCCGAUGGAGCAUUUGAAAAAAACCUCCAGACUGUUGUACGGUUUCACUGGGGAUUCCGUCAUCUCUCAGGGGACAAUCCGGUUGCCUAUAACCGCCAGGGAGAAACCCCGACAGGCCACCAUAAUGGCCAAUUUUGUGGUAAUAAAGGGAGGCUCCCAAUACAAUGCCGUCAUUGGAAGGGCGACCCUUCAGGUGUUAAGGGCAAUAACCUCCAUCUACCACCAGAAGGUCAAAUUCCCUACCCCAAACGGAGUAGGUGAAAUAAAAAACAACCAGUACGAGGCUAGGGUUGCGUAUUCUGAUGCUUUAUGCGGAUACGACGAGCCUGGGAGGCAGGAGUCCAGAGUAGUCUAUCAAGGCGCCGUUGAGGACAUAGACCCCAGGGUCCAAGAGGAGGCCGCAUGGUCUCAACUCGUCGAACGGUUGGUGGAAAUCCAAGUCGACGAGGAUGAGCCAACCAGAGUGCUCAAAGUAGGUUCUGACUUAACCCCAUCACUUAGGGUGGAAGUCGAGAGCUUCCUCAAAAAGAACCUGGAUGUCUUCGCCUGGAAUCAUGCGGAUAUGGAAGGGAUCGACCCAAAAUUCAUAUGCCAUUUUUUGAAUAUCGACCCUUCAUAUCCCCCCAAAUGCCAGAAGCGCCGACCAAUGAACCCAGAGGGAUACGAGGCAUUAAAAGAAGAGGUCGAUAAGUUGAUCAACAAGAGUUUCAUUAGAGAGGCCCAUUACCUUCGGUGGGUCUCGAACCCCGUUUUGGUGGUCAAGCCUAACGGGACACGGAGAACAUGCCUCGACUUCAGUGACCUCAACAAAGCAUGCCCAAAGGAUGGUUUCCCACUCCCUCGAAUAGACCAAAUGGUCGACGCCACUGCAGGGCAUGAGAUGCUGAGUUUUAUGGAUGCCUAUUCUGGAUACAACCAGAUCCCCAUGCAUCCGACCGACGAAAAGCACACAUCCUUCAUAACCGAUAGAGGCCUCUACUACUACAAGGUAAUGCCUUUUGGCUUGAAAAACGCAUGGGCUACAUACCAAAGGCUCGUGAAUAAAAUGUUUGCUCAACUGCUCGGUAAAUCAAUGGAAGUUUACAUUGACGAUAUGCUUGUCAAAAGCACCAUGGCCACCCAGCACGUCGACCAUUUAGGAGAAAUGUUUGGCGUAUUAAGAAGAUACAACAUGAGGUUAAACCCCUUAAAGUGCGCCUUUGGAGUUGGAUCAGCGAAAUUCAUUUGUUUCAUGGUCAAUAACCGAGGGAUAGAGGCUAAUCCCGAAAAGAUAAAAGCCUUACAGGAUAUGAGGUCUCCAACCAAACCAAAAGAGGUGCAAAGGUUGACAGGGUGUGUCGCUGCUCUGAACAUAUUCAUAUCAAAGGCAACAGAUAAGUGCGUUCCCUUCUUCGACGCUUUAAAGGGAAGUAAGCAUUUUGAAUGGACGCCACAGUGUGAAGAGGCCUUCCAAAAAUUAAAAGAGCAUCUGGGCAGGCCGCCGAUCCUGUCAAAACCCAUCACCAACAAAGAACUGAGCCUAUACCUCUCCGUGUCACAACACGCCGAGAGCUCUGUGCUAAUAAGAGAGGAAGAAAAGGUCCAGCUGCUAGUCUACUAUGUAAGCAAAAGACUCAUCGACGCCGAGUCAAGAUACACUGAAAUAGAACAACUGGCCCUCGCUCUGAUGUUCGACAUUAAGUAUGUACCAAGAGUAGCGAUUAAGGGGCAAGCGUUGGCGAACUUUCUGGCUGAAUUCUCUCAUAGAACAACUCCCGCCACACACGAUGUCGAGACGACGAAGUGGAGGCUCUACGUAGAUGGAGCGUCGAGCGAAAACGGGUCAGGAGCCGGCGUCCUAUUAAUCAGCCCAAAAGGCUACAAAAUUACUUCGGCGGUACGAUUUAAAUUCAAGGUGUCGAAUAAUGAAGCCGAGUAUGAGACACUGAUUGCAGGACUACGAUUGGCAAAUCAUUUAAAAGUCGAGAGGCUCGGCAUCUUCAGCAACUCUCAACUGGUCGUUGGACAAGUAAAUGAGGAAUACCCAGCGCGCGGUGAAAAAAUGGGUGCGUACUUAAGAAAGGUAAAGGAAGAGCUCGUCAGGUUCAAAAGCUAUGAAAUACUUCAAAUACCACGAGCUGAGAACACUAACACUGACGCCUUGGCCAAACUAGCAUCAUCAAGAGAUUCUGACAUACUAGGAAUUGUUCCUAUCGAAGAACUGGAGCGGCCAACAAUUGAGGAAAAAAUUGAGGCCUUGACCAUCCAGACGAACGAGGGUUGGAUGACACCACUAAUCCAAUAUCUGACAAAUGAAAAGCUGCCAAGUGAUAAAGACGAGGCCCGACGAAUCAGAUAUAGAGUCGCCAGGUACCUACUAUACGAUGGUUUGCUUUACCGACGAGGCUAUUCCACGCCUUUGCAGCGAUGCAUAAACGAUGGCGAAGCCCAGAAGGUCCUCCAGGAAAUCCAUGAAGGAGUAUGCGGUAAUCAUACUGGGGGGCAGUCUUUAGCUCUCAAGGUUUUGAGACAAGGGUAUUAUUGGCGUACGCUUAAAAAAGACGCAUUCCAAUACGCUCGACACUGCGAUAAGUGCCAAAAAUAUACCAUAAUUCCCAUAGCACCCCCAGAAAACCUAACCCCAAUUCUCAGCCCAUGGCCCUUUACCAAAUGGGGAGUCGACCUGAUCGGGCCCUUACACCUCACACCAAGAGGCUUUAAGUUUGCCAUCGUCGUGGUAGACUACUACACUAAAUGGGCAGAGGCAAAGGCUCUAACAACGACCACGGAAGCAAUUUGCACCAACUUCAUGUGGAACAACAUCGUGUGCAGAUUUGGGGUCCCACACUGA